AUGAGUGCAACGAGAAUAUUUGUGAUAGUGGUAUUUCUGGCGUGUAUUUCGUCUUUGACUAAAGCCUAUACGUUAAAAGAAGAGCUGAACCUUCAUGCAGCAAUAUUCAAUUCCACCUACGACACGAAUGUUAGACCGGGAGAAAACAGAUCGAUUCCAUUACAAAUAAAUGUAACUUUUUACUUCAAGAGUAUUAAAGAGGUUGAUGAAUCUAUCAGUAAGUUCUCCAUAACUGGAGCCCUUGGUGUGAUGUGGAAGGACGAUCGUUUAACCUGGGAGCCAUCAAACUACGGAGAGGAUCUGUAUACCACAAUUGUCCCACAGAAAAAGAUUUGGAUGCCUUUCCUUGUCAACAUCAAUGCAUAUAAUGAAUUGACAGAGAUUGGUUCCAGUAACAUGGAUCUAAGGAUAGAAAACAAUGGAGCAAUAACUUGGGUCACGCCUAAUAUUUUUGAGAGUACUUGUGACGCCGAUAUGUCUUACUAUCCCUUCGAUUCUCAGACUUGUACUUUACGAUUCUAUAUACCAGGGUUCAUGCCAUCUGAGAUCACAUUUACAAUCCCUGAGAAUAGCAUAAACAUGCAUGAAUACAGCAAGAACAGCCUGUGGGAUGUGACAAAUACCAGGAUGCAUACAGCGUUAAACAUUCUUCAAUUUCAGGAGGUACGAAUGUCCGUCACAAUGAAAAGACGACCCGUUUAUUACGUAUCUAGUUUAAUAUUACCAGUUGCUUUUCUCUCGUUUCUUCAGUUGUUUGUAUUCUUGAUGCCACCAGAUAGUGGAGAACGGGUUGGAUUUGCUACUACGGUUCUUCUAGCCAUUGCUGUCUAUCUCACUUUAGUACAAGAUAAAUUACCAGAAGGUUCAGAGCCCAGUGUUUCCUACCUCAGCUACAAGCUAUUGGGGGACUUCAUGAUCGGAGUGUUCAUGGUCAUUGGCGUUAUUAUUGGGCUACGUUUCUAUCACAGAGAACAUGAACAAAGAAUUCCCGAGUACCUUAAAACGCUUUAUAGAAUUUCCUUUUGUGACCUCUCCUGUCGUUACUUAAAAAAGCACAAAGUGAAUACUGAUGAAAAAGAAACAAUGGAAGAGAUGAAGAACACCGGCCCACUCACCUGGCAGGAUAUAGGGAAGGCGACGGAUCGCCUCUGUCUGUUCAUGUUCGGAUUCGGUCUGAUGAAUUGCAACAUCGUAUACCUGAUUGUCAUUGUGUCAUUUUAUUAA